CUUAUCGGCCGUAUAUCGAUCAUCGCUACACCUAUACUGACACGCCAAUUGCGCCACAGCUUGCUGGAGCUCAGUCUCUCGUUCUUUGAGGAUUCAUAAACAUGGCACCGCAGCCGAAGAAAGCCAAGGGUCCCGCUAAGAAGCAAGUCCUUCGAGGCAAGGGACAAAAGAAGAAGGUAUCCGUGAAAUUUACGAUUGACUGCACUCAUCCCGUUGAGGAUAAUAUCAUGGAUGUAGCCAAUUUCGAAAAAUACCUGCACGAAAGAAUCAAAGUUAAUGGUAAGACUGGUAACUUUGGUAACAAUGUUACGUUGGAACGUAACAAGAUGAAACUCUCCGUCAACAGCGAUGUUGAUUUCUCAAAGCGGUACCUCAAGUACUUGACGAAGAAGUACUUGAAGAAGAACAAAUUGCGUGACUGGUUGAGAGUAGUAUCUAAAGACAAAGACACGUAUGAACUACGGUACUUCCAGAUUAACAGCCAGGAAGAUGACGAUGAGGAGGAUGCCGAGUAAACUUUUUUUAUUCUUUUGAUAUUCGGUUUCAGAGGUAUCUGUAAAUAAAUGCAUCAAUAAAGAAACGAAAUCAAGUA